UUCCCCUCUGUUCCAUUUCCUUCCUUCCCCCCGUUGUCUCUGUCUCCCCCCAAAUAAAUCCAAUCCAAAACCAGCCGCCUCGUCGUCCUCCUCCCCAACCCCACCCUCCUCGCGAUUCCUCCUCCUCGUCGUCGUCGCCGGCGAGAGGAGCCGCCGCCCUGUUGCUGGUGCUCGGUCGAUCGCCGCGCAGUUGGUGCGCUUCCCUUCCCUGGAGCCACCACCACCACCACUCACUGCAGGCGAGGGGUGGGUGGUCUACGCUGCGGUGGUCUCGUCUCCUUCCUGCUGCUGCUGCUGCUGCGCCGGGUAUGCAGAGCCAGAUCGUGUGCCAUGGCUGCCGGAGCGUGCUGCGGUACCCGAGCGGGGCGCCCAGCGUGUGCUGCGCGCUCUGCCAGGCCAUCACCACCGUGCCGCCCCCUGCCCCAGUAAUGGAAAUGGCUCAUCUAAUAUGUGGUGGUUGCCGAACAUUGCUGAUGUAUACUCGCAAUGCGGACACUGUGAGAUGUUCAUGUUGCAGUACAGUCAAUCUUGUUAGACCAGUGAAUAAUAUAGCACAUGUGAGCUGUGGCCAGUGCCGGACGACUUUGAUGUAUCCAUAUGGCGCACCUUCUGUCAAAUGUGCCAUAUGCCAUUAUAUCACAAACACCGGAAUGAAUACUGUGGCACCCACGCCAUCUCCAAUGCCUACAUCAAGUGGAUCUUCAUAUAAUGCCCCCCCAAGUGGAUCUUCAUAUAAUGCCCCCCCACCAACUUCAGCUCCCACAUCUCGACCCCAGAAUGUAACCGUUGUUGUCGAGAACCCUAUGACUGUUGAUGAAAAGGGUAAACUGGUUAGCAAUGUUGUAGUUGGAGUUACAACUGGGAAAUAGCAGCGUAUUGUCUGUACCUUGUUACAUCCUUGAUUUGUACCACUAAAUACGUGAAGAUGGGAAUACCAUGUAUUACACUGGUGUUUGGUUGACCAUUGAAGAACAAAAAUACAAAUGUUUUUUGGAAUCUUGCAAAGGAAAGUAUGAACGCCUAAAGUUGUAUUUUGUAUCUGUUGAUUCUUUUCUUUGUAUAUGAGCUCUAUUAGACUAUAUUGUGAUAGAAGAAUGAUGGAAUGACAAAGCAGUGUCACGUAGUUAUACGUACCGUGCAACAUGAUUGAUUUUUUAGUUUGUAUUUCUCUUGCUAAAUGUGUUAUUCUGGAGCAUGUUAAAUUGUUAAUACGUGUAAUUUGUAUGAAGUCGCUUGCUUAUAGGGCUUGGGGUUGUAAUAAGUGUUUGGAAGAAAA